CCAGGUUGUUGGUAUGUACAAGGGUAAGUGCUAUCAAACCCCAGGGGAAUGGGCCAGGGACCAACGGAAGUUAUGGAUGCCAUUCCUGGGAGAGCGACCCCAGGAGCAAUGGGUGACUGAGUUGGACAGGCUGGAGAUAGAGCUGCACAACCGAUAUCAGGCUCUGCAUUGGCACACAGAGCAGAAAUAUUUAGGGGUGACAACAGAAUGUUCUCUGGAGAGAUAUGACCUUGGUGGCCCUGCAUUGCUGUGGGAGAGCAUUACAGAUAAUUUUGUGUUUGGCGAUGAAGGAAAACUUACCCUUGAGGACCUGCGAAAAGACAGAGAGAUUAUGUUCAGUCUCAGAGGGGUCUCAGAGCUUGAACCAGAUCUGGAAUACCUGCUGAUGAAAGAUCAGCAUCUGGAAAGGGCAUACAGGCAACUGCUAAAACAUGUUCAGCAGCAUGCCCAAGAAUCAGCAGUGGGAAUUCCAGAGACUGGGGAUUUGAUUAACGUUUCUGCUGAGGAGGAACCAGCCUGUGCGCCUCCAGCAGAAGAGCUGGCAUCUGGGUAUGGCGUUGCUGACCUCUGCCCACAA